AAAGAUACAAGUAGAGUUUAUUGUAUUGGACUGAGGACGCGCUCUCUUCUGCAAAGGGGUUCGGACUCGGGCGUCUUGAUUCGAAUCGCGCCACACGCACUCUCCUCCCACUAAAAUCCUAGCAUCCACCUCCUUCCCCCCCCCGGUUCUCUCAAUACCCAUCUGCUCCGGCGAGAUGAUCGGUAUAAGCUCGACAAAAGUCAGAUUCUACAACCUCCGGUGAGAUCUUUUCAUAUUCCUUCUGCAAUCCUUGAAUCAUUAUUGCAUUAAGGCCUCUCGUUUCUCGAGGAAUCUUCGGAGCAGUGUUAAUUCUUCAAAGAUUUUCGAUCCAUUGGCGAGAAUCAUCACGACAAGUUCUUGAAGGUCCUUCUCAUCUUCCACUGAGAGUUUCAGCUAUGGUUGCGUCCGUAUGAGAACUUAAGCUGAAACGUUAGAUUGAGCUUUGAGACCACUGGGAAAGUAUGGGAGAUAUUCCCAAUGUGCGGCUGGAUGCUGUGCUCUCAGGGUGUUUUCACGAUUUUUGCUUUCAAGAGACUCAGGCUCAGAAACAAUGGAUGCCAUUCAAGAAGGCUUAUUGCUUGUAGAGGGUUGCAAAUUGGGUUACUCAAUGUGAAGAAUUUCAACAAAAUCAAGCUUGGUUUCUGCUGGAUUCAACAUAUGCUUAAAGGGGAGAUAGGGGAAAGGUCUUAGCCAACUGCAGAGUAUUUGUAUUUGUCAACUUCAGAGCAUAUACAUUUGAGAAUGUCAACUAAAGUAUCAAGCUUCUGGGGUCCUGUUACAUCCACCACAGACUGGUGUGAGAAAAAUUAUGUCCAUUCUUCCUACAUUGCAGAAUUCUAUAACACUAUAUCAAAUAUUCCAACCAUUCUUUUGGCACUCAUUGGGCUUAUAAAUGCCUUGAGACAACGAUUUGAGAAGAGAUUUAGUGUACUUCACAUAUCUAAUAUGAUACUUGCCAUUGGGAGCAUGUUAUUCCAUGCAACACUACAGCAUGUCCAACAGCAAAGUGAUGAAACUCCAAUGGUCUGGGAAAUGCUCCUCUACAUCUACAUCCUCUACUCACCGGAUUGGCACUAUAGGAGUACAAUGCCUACCUUUCUGUUCCUUUAUGGUGCUGCCUUUGCUAUUGUCCAUUCACAAGUGCGUUUUGGCAUUGGUUUCAAGUUGCAUUAUGGGAUCCUCUGUCUGCUCUGCAUCCCUCGGAUGUACAAGUAUUACAUCCACAUUGAAGAUGUCUCAGCCAAGCGUCUUGCGAAGCUUUAUGUGGGAACCUUGUUUUUGGGGACUUUGUGUUGGCUGUGUGAUCGCUAUUUGUGUGAAGAGAUAUCCCACUGGUAUAUUAACCCACAGGGUCAUGCAUUAUGGCACGUCCUAAUGGGUUUUAACUCUUACUUUGCAAACACAUUUUUGAUGUUCUGUCGUGCUCAGCAACGGGGCUGGGCCCCAAAGGUCGCCCACUUCAUGGGGUUCUUCCCUUACGUGAGAAUCCAGAAACCGAAGAGUCAGUGAAUGAAGAGUCCGCAUGUCCGCAUGAGGUGAUGGGAAAUGUGGAUCGUCUCUUAGUAGGCAGUAUGAACAGGUGAGCAUCGACGACAAGCAAUCACUUUUCUUUCCUUUUCCUAACUGGAUGGAUGUAAAUGAUGGUGAAAAUAUUCAUGUGGUUGGUUGUGAUCUCGUCAAAAAUCUUCAGUGUAAAACUGCCGGGUGCUUGCAAUGUACCAUAUUUAUACCCCAUGGUCGAUGGAGAUGAGAUCAAGUGGAUCUUGGUAGGUUCUAUUUUUGGAUGCUUUCAAUUGUUUCAGAAAGAAAGUAGAAAAUGUGUUCGGUUAGUAAAAUUUGUCGUUUCUAUGGGGAAACCCUAUUACAACUCUUGAAAAGCCGUUUUUUUAACUCGUCCGAGAAGUGCUUUUUGGGUGAAUCUAAUGUUUUGACUGAAUGUUGAGUGUUGACAGGCAUCAUCUAUGUCAAUAUUGGAUUUGUUUUGCCUUCUAAUAUACGACAUUUUCAUUGCUAUUGAA